CUUUUUUCCUUUUCUGUGUACUAAUAUAAAUUCAACUUCCCCAAUUCCUCACUUCACACACUUUCAUUUUUCUCGUAUAAAAUGCAAAUCUCCUUCUCCUCAUUGUAACCAACCUUCGAUUCUGGAACAACCUCAGUUACACCAACCUCUCAUUGGCCCCCCAAGAUCUCUUCAAACACAAGAAAAAAACAAAAAACAAUGGCCGCCAAACGGUUUUUGGAUGAUUCUGAUCAAGAUGCCAAUGGUGAUAAACGGAGGAGACCUACUUCAAGACGUUCUUUUUCUUCGGUAAUAGGAGAAGUCGUCAUGGUCAAGAACUUGCAGAACCUUUUCUCAGGCUUGGAACCCUUGCUUAGGAGAGUGGUGAACGAAGAGAUGGAGCGAGUGAUGGGGCAUUGUGUGCCGCGUUCGAUAACCAGGUCCCCUUCGUUGAGGAUCCAAGCAUUGGAGCAACCAACGAGCUACGAACUCAUGUUCGAGAAGAAGCUGAUGCCAACUAUAUUCACAGGAAGCAGAAUAGUAGAUACAGAUGGGAACCCCCUCCUUGUUGUUCUUGUCGAUAAAAGCGGUGAUCAGACGGUUCGCACGAGUCUCCCCCACCCCAUCAAGCUAGAAAUCGUGGUGCUCGAUGGAGAUUUUCCUUCCACCGGUGAUAACAACGAGUCGUGGACGAGUGAGGAACUCAACAACCGCAUAGUGAAGGAGAGAACGGGAAAGAGGCCGCUGCUCACUGGAGAAUUGAAUCUGACCAUGAGAGAUGGAAUUGCACCAAUUGAAGACAUUGAAUUCACUGAUAAUUCCAGUUGGAUAAGAAGCAGAAAGUUCAGAGUUGCUGUUCGAGUUGUUCCUGGGACUAAUCAAACUGUUAGAAUUCGUGAAGGCAUGACCGAACCAUUUAUUGUCAGGGAUCACCGUGGUGAAUUGUACAAGAAACAUCACCCACCUAUGCUGAAUGACGAAGUGUGGCGCCUAGAGAAGAUCGGAAAAGACGGAGCUUUCCACAAAAAGCUGUCCAAGGAGGGAAUAAACAGUGUUCAAGACUUUCUCAAGUUGUCUGUUGUUGAUGCCCAGAAGCUCAGAAGGAUUUUGGGCGCUGGGAUGUCAGAGAGAAUGUGGGAUGUGACAAUCAAGCAUGCAAAGACAUGUGAGAAGGGGAAGAAAUACUAUGUCUUCCGUGGGCAAAAUUUUACCAUCUUUCUCAAUUCCAUUUGCCAAUUGGUUAAAGCUGACAUUAAUGGCCAAAGUUUUCCGGGAAGCGAGUUAAGCAACUUCACAAAGGGCUAUAUGGAAAAACUGGUGAGAGAAGCAUAUACUAGAUGGAAUGACUUGGAGGAAAUUGAUGAGGCUCUGUUAACACAAGGUGAGACCAUGGAGCAAAUUCCAAACAAUCUUCAAGCAUAUGAUCAGAACGAGUACUAUGCAUCAACACAUAAUGCACAGAUUGGUGGCAGCGAGUGGGGUGUGAAUGCAACAUUUGGCACAACAUCAUUUGUGAAUAACGCUCUUCCAGCUUUACCUUACAGCUUCUCAGAUUCACAAUCUGACAGUGAUGGUGCCACAAGGUGGAACUAGGAAAGUUUUAGUGCUUGACUUUCAGCUGUAAAUAAGAGUUAACAGUUGAAGAAUCAAAUUAGGUUUAGUGACUUAGAGACAAGUGUUCAGCCUCUCUUGGCUUAUAUUGGCUUCACUUUCUUUUUCUCUGUUUUUUGUUAGCUGCAGUGAAUUGUCAGGUCCAUUUCAAGGAUAAGAUCAAAGAUGAGGCCUCACACUGCAAAAAAUGCAACCUGCGUUCGAUGUGCCUGUGUUGCUAUGUUUUACCAUCUUUUCAGCAAUCAGAAAAAAAAAAUGUACGUUUUAUGAAUGGUUAGAAAUUAUCCGAUCCUUUGGUUCCAAAUUAA